UUCUUACGCUAGCGUUAUCAAAAGGAAAUAACGGGCGUGAAUUAAUUAAUAUCCACAUAGGUGCCCAUUCACAGCACCACACCAACGCCACAAGAAAGCCAUGGCGUCCCAGUCCGCGCCCCACGCCAGGCGCAGCAAGUACGCCUUUGUCACCAUCGGCGCGAGCGCCAGCUUCAAGCUGCUGAUCGAGGAGGUGCUCUCGGAACCUUUCCUCGCCAAGCUCCGGUCCCUCGGCUUCACCCACCUGAACGUCCAGUGCGGGCCGGACUACGAUUAUUUCCUAGACGCCAAGCCCAAGGAGAACCCCAACGACCCCAACGACUUGCAGGUCGCGGGCUUUCCCUUCCAUGAUGAUAUUCGUUCGUUCAUGGAGCUUACUGCUGCUAACGACGGUCCUACCGCGCCCCUGAGGGAUCGCGGCUUGAUUAUUACUCAUGCGGGCUCCGGAAGUAUCCUAGAAGCGCUGGACUUCGACUCGGCUCUAAUCGCAGUGCCGAACCCGACGCUCAUGGACAAUCACCAAUCCGAGAUUGCCGAUGAGAUGGCGAGGCAAGGACACCUGAUCCGAGGUGAAGUCGGCUCGCUAGUUAACAUCCUCAGCCAAGAUAUCCUCACGGCUCCCAAGAACCAGUGGCCCCCGGAUCCCGACCCGGAGUCGGAGUGGCCCGGCGGUCUCUGGGACGUCAUUAGAGCCUUGAUGCCUUAGUUUUGAUCCUGUAGCUUCAGAUUUCGUCCGUCAUAGGGAAAGUAAGGUACCUUAGGUACCUAUCUACUCCGACCUUAAAUAGGGUCUUGGUAACUAUUGAGUUUGGCGUUUAUUAGGAACAUUGAAAUGAAAAAGGAGAUACCCCAAUCGCGACUGGUUUAGUUCCGUUAGGCAAUUCGAUACAUGUAUAACUACAGACUAGUUCUCAUGACUACUAGCAUAUAACCUGCAUGUACGGAAUGCUAUCAGCAUUAUACACUUUAACAAGUUUUCCUUAACAAGACAA